UUUCGGAAUGUCACGUUGAACAUUUUGUUGAUACAAGUUUUCCUUAUAAUAAUUGAAAAUUGAAAUGAUAUAAAUGCGUGAUUAAACAACUAAAAUCCUAAAUGAUGGGUAACGAGAGUUCACAGUUAAGUGGCCUAGAAAUUGAAGAGAAGGCUAUAGAGGUAACCGAUUUUUGGUGCCACUAUCAGGCCACAAUUAAUGAUAGCUGCAGAUAUUUCAGCCUGAAAGGCGAUGGAUCAGUUUCAGUUUUCAAGGGAGAAGCAGCAGUUGGUCCUCUGUGGUCGAUAUCAACACCACUGGAAAAGUUUUCAAACAAUCUUCUAAAGUACCGUCAUCCGUGCAUUGUUCGGUAUAUCUCGGCUUGGCAACAGCGUUCUACUCUGCACUUAGCUACAGAGUAUGUGCAGCCAUUGUCACAUAUCCUUCCAUCUUUAACACCUCUCCAAAUAUGCAUAGGACUCAACAAUAUCUUGAGAGCUUUGGUGUUUAUUCAUGAACAGGCUGGUAUGUCUCACAACAAUGUUAGUGUGUCAGCAAUAUAUGUUACUGGAGAUGGUCAAUGGAAGCUGGGAGGACUGCAGUACCUGUGCCCCUUUUCUGAACUAACAGCAGCUUAUUUGAGACAUGCAAGGAUUCACAGGUAUGACAAAGCAAUUGAUCCCAAUGAAGAUUCAUAUGAGAUUACUACUAAAGUGGACCAAUAUGCAUUUGCAGUAUUAGUGGAUGAUGUUUUUAAAGAUUGCAAAGAUGAUGAAGUGCCGCAUUUAAAAGAAUUUAAGAAAUACUGUAGAGAUUGCUUACAACAUCAAAAUCCUGCCAAAAGGCCCAACUUAUCAGAACUGUUACAACAUAACUUUUUCAAUCAUGAAUUUAUUUCUAUAUAUAAAUUUCUCAAUUUCCUUCCUCUGAAAUCAGAAGAAGAAAGGUGCCAGUUUUUUACAAAUAUUUUAGACAAUCUGAAAUGUUAUGAUGAAGAAACUGUAGCCAAGCAACUAGGAGGACUUUUACUAUCUAGGCUCACAAUGUUGGACCAAACUGCCAGAAAAGAUGUCAUUCCUUUUAUUCUUAAACCUAAAAAUGAUCGCAUUACUAAUGGUGACAUGGCAGGUUUUUUUAGUCUCAGUGUAUUCAAAGAACACAUUAAACCCAGACUAAUGCAAUUAUUUGGAGUCAGAGAUAGUCAAAUACGAAUGUUACUUUUGAGACAUUUUUCAAAGUUUGUGCAUGUUUUCUCACAUGAAGAACUGUCUCAACAUAUCCUUCCUGAGUUACUCUUGGGGAUAAAGGACACUGACGACAGUUUAGUAUCGGCAACAUUAAUAUGUUUAAGUGAGUUGGUACCAAUAUUAGGAGCUGACACUGUCAUAGGGGGGAAAAGAUCAAAAUUUUUCACAGAUGGAAGACCUAAUUCAAAACCAAAAUCUUUACUACCUGGAGCCAGUCCGCUAACUGAAAAUAGUGUUUACCUAACUAAAUCUUUGCGAGAUCUACCUUGUUCCGAGGAGAUAUAUGAAAGCGAUGAGAGAAAUGAAUUAAUUUCAUUUGAUAAGAAUUUAACAUUAAAUGAAAGGCCUUCACCUGUUGGUGGGGAAUCUUUACAUGAUGAAAUUAUAUCAACAGAAUUACACACAAAACAGAGAGCAGAUAGUGAAGAUGACUGGAGUGACUGGGAUAAUCGUCAAUUGACAACAAAACCAGACUCUCCCAUUUUCGAAGAAGAAAAUAAAAAUGGACAACUAGUCAACAUCGAAACUGUGGAUGAAAAAAAUUCUUCAAACUCAAAUGUAAAUUCAAAAAAUGUAUCUGAAUCAAGAACAACAUUACUGCAAAAAGCUGCAAUGCAGGCAAAAAAGAAUAUCGUCGAUAUUUCUGAAUUGGACAUAAAAAAUCAGAAAUUCGAUUAUUCGAAAAAAGGUUCCGAUGAGUUCGACUUCUUUGCUGAUAUGGCACCAGUAAUUGAAAAGCCAGCUGUUGUAAAUAUUGCUCAAAAUUCUGAAAACGUAAGCAGCAAAUUAAACUUUGUUCCAGAUGAAAAUAUCGAUGAGAAUGAAGGCUGGGGCGAGAGUUGGAAUGAUUAGUUUAGAAUUAAUUGAGAUUGCAGAAUCACAUAUUGUUUAUAGGAUAUCUGUUAUAUAACAAAUCUACAAGCGAAAAAUAUUGUUUCAGUACUUCUGUGUUAAAUAAGAUAUAUGUACAUAUUUGUAAGUCAAAUAUUUAUAUGAAAUUAGAAAAUUAUAAUAUGUUAAAAUAACAAUUAGACCAGACCUAAAGGCAAAUUAUUGUACCAUAUUGUUGUGGUCACAUUGUAAUCACCAUUUUCUCUCGCCAUUAUACUGUAAGUAAUUAUGAAACGCAUUAGUAAUAUUGGUUUACAUUCCUUAUUUCUUGGUUAACGAUUUUUGUACUUUCAUAUUGAAAAUAAAUUACAGCACAUAGAGCUGGUACUCCACUAUCUUUAUAAUCCAAAUAAGUACUUAUGUGCUUUAAAGAAAAUAGAAAUGACCAUACUGUCGAGGUUACCGUUUAGUAAGUAGGUACCUUGUUAAAAAUGAAUUAUCUUAUAAAGGUAAAAGUGGAGGUAAAUACGUGAAAAUAUUUCAAAAUAUAAGAGUAAAACACUAUUUAUUGUAUGUGCAAUUUAUUUGUUCUUUUCUCUCGCACAAGAACUAUUAGAUCACAAUCAUAUAGCAAACAUUCAGGAUUAUAAUACAUAGAUUAUGAACGUUAUUGCUUGUGACAAACUAGUGAUGCAGGUAAAUUUAUAACGACUUUUGCAUAAUUAUGUGCAUUGUGUAUCAAAAUGUAUUUAUUGACAGUACAGUUUAAGUAAUAAGCAGAUAGUUGUGAAGAUUUAAGAAAGCAAAAAUGUAUGAAAACAAUCAGAUCUAACAUUUAUAAUUACUAAACCUUUUGAUAAUUGUAAUACUAUGAACAACUAGAAUAGUGGUUAUAAAAGACUAUGCAUUAAAAUGUCGGUAUUCAAAUAGUUACUUGUUAAGUAUAAAAUUGAAUCUAUGCAUAGUUCUUCAGUAAAUAUUUGUUACUAGAAACAAAUAUUCAUAUUAUGUGGAUUUUCAUACUAUUGCUCUCUUAAAUUUCAAAAUUACCUACAUUAAGCUCUGUCUAUCCCUAGCUUCAUUAAAGUACAUACAAAACAUAGCAUGUAUUGACUUAGUUCUCGAUAAAUCAAAUUAGCUUCGUGUUGUGACAAUCUCACAACCUUACCAUAGGCGUCGAUUCUCCUCAAACAAUGGACUUCUACCACUGCUCUCUGUUACAUUUCAUAUUUUCAAAUAAACUUCAGUAGGAAACAUUUAUUAGAAAUCUGUAUUUUUUGUAUUAUUAGUACAUACCAAAUUAGUUGUUAGGGUCAAGAGAAUCGACGCUUUUGUACACAAGCAUACAGCCCAAACGCAAUAAUUUUAGAAUCAUUGGCUUAGCCAAAUAAAUAUUUAUCUAAGAUUC